UAAGCCAGGCUGUACCUUUAACCCAUGGGGUCCUUGUCAAGAGCCUGCCCGCAAUGUCCACCCCUGAUCGUCCCAUCACACCUUCUCAGGUGGAGUCUGGACCCCCCGCCAGCCUGAGCCAGGUAUCGGUGGCUCCCCAGACCCCUGUGAUCUCUGCACCGAUGUGCACGCUCAUAACGAAAGUUGCCCCCGCAGCGGUUCAAGCGUCAAAAGUGACAAGCGGCCCCAAAAUGACAGCAACGCAGCAAUCAGUUCCUGCCAAGGCGGCUCAGACAACCAUUCAGCUACCCGCAAACUUCCAGAUUCCACCCGGUACUGUUCUCGUCAGGACUGGCAAUGGCCAACUUAUGUUGGUCUCGCAGCAGGCUCUGGCCCGAGCUCAGGCACAAGUACAAAAUGCCAAACCCCGUGCACCAAAUGCUCAAACUGUUCAUAUCGCCAAUGUACAGACUGCAGGUACACCAAGCAAUGCUACCAAAGUUUCCUCUUUGGUCUCCAAAGCAGGUCCUUCUGUCCCAGUCCCUACUGUAGUUAGAAUCUGCACUACUCCUCAAACAAUAGCUAACAGCCAGGGAACCUCAACGGUCAUUAUUAGAGCCCCUGCUCCCUUGACCACUCCCAUAACUACUCUCUCACGUACUUUACCUUCUGUAGUAACAGUCCCUGCCUCUACUGGAGUUUCAUCUGCAGCCAGCGUGAAUUCUACCACUGUCACAAUGGUUCCUGUUAGAACUUCCUCACCGACAGUCACACCAGUGACAAACCAUGGAACCUCUAUUAUGGCCCCAGCUACGAUUGUAUCUUCUACUACUACUACAUCAUCACCAACUGCCAGCUCUGUUUUACACAUUAUGGUUAAUCCAGUUAAGUCCAAUAUUGUACAGACUACUGUGCCAUCUAACAGUCAGCAAGUUACUGCAAGUAGUCCUGCUCUCAAGGUGGCAUCUAAGAAUAGCUGUUUUACCACUUCGACUACUGUAGCAUCUGCCCCGAUUAUUGUAUCCUGUAUAGCCCCAGCUUCUACUAUGGUUCACACUGUGGUGACUGAAAAUAACCCACCACAGCAGAUGCAAACAAGCACCCCAGCAAUAACCUCCAGUGUUGUCCCAAAGAAUGCAGAACCUUCGAGUAAACUGCAAAGCACGCAACUUCCUAACCACUCACAGGAAGCAAUGGAUAAUGUAAAGAAAUGCAAGAAUUUUCUUGCAACACUUAUAAAACUGGCAUCCAGUGGACCACAAUCACCGACCAUGGGCCAGAAUGUGAAAAAUCUGGUGAAGAAUUUACUUGAUUCAAAACUUGAAGCGGAAGAAUUUACUACAAAACUCUACAAAGAACUGAAGUCAUCACCACAGCCAUAUCUGGUGCCAUUCCUAAAGAAAAGUUUACCCUCACUGCGCCGGAUGAUGCCAAACUCCCAGGAGUUUAUCUUACAAUGUGGUCCACAGAACUCAACGCCACCUGUCACUGCCACCAACUCACUCUCCUUUGUUAAGAUUACACCUACAACACCUAUACAGACAAUAAAACCAGCUAGUACUACAAUAAUUAGCAAUGCCAAAGUUCCGCAGGCUACAAUAGCUGUGCCGCAGCAACUCAACAGCUUAAAAGCUAUGAACUUUAAGCAGUUGGUAGUUCAGCAGCCAGCCGGCGGUGUAGUGAAGCAUGUGACCGCGCUGCCCUCCCGUGCGACAGUGACCCUUAAACCUGGAGAGAAGCAAAUCUCCCUGAAUACACUUAUCCAAGCAGGGCACCUGGCACCAGGAUCAGUACUAAAACAAAUCACUCUGCCAGGAAAUAAAGUUAUUUCCCUUCAAGCAUCUCCUCUUCCCGUAAAAGAGAAUGGCGCAGCAUGCUUCAGAGAGGAAGAUGAUAUUAAUGAUGUCACAUCUAUGGCUGGUGUUAACCUGAAUGAAGAGAAUGCCUGUAUUUUGGCAACCAAUUCUGAACUUGUUGGUGCUGUGAUCCGGUCUUGUAAAGAUGAGCCUUUUCUCUUUGCCUCUGCCCUGCAAACUCGAAUUCUAGACAUAGGUAAAAGGCAUGAUAUUAAGGAACUUAACUCUGAUGUUAUGAACCUACUCUCCCAUGCCACACAAGAGCGGUUGCGAGGGCUUAUUGAAAAGCUGACUGUGGUGGCACAGCACAGGUCAACAAACUACAAGCAAAGUGAUCGCUAUGUACAGUCCAGUGAAGUUCGGGCACAGCUUAAGUUUCUUGAGCAACUUGAGCACUUGGAGAGACAACGCAAACAUGAAGAAGAAAGGGAGAUGCUUCUCCGAGCAGCAAAGAGCCGUUCAAAUAAAGAAGAUCCGGAGCAAAUAAGAUUAAAGCAAAAAGCCAAAGAGCUGCAGCAGCUGGAACUAGAGCAACUGCAAUACCGAGAAGCGAAUCUUACAGCGCUGGCUGCAAUUGGACCAAGGAGGAAAAGACCUUUGGAAUCGUCACACCUUCAUAAUGUGCUGGAGGAGUAUCAAGGAUCUGAAUCUUCUGUUUUCAGAAUUCCCAAAUCAAUGUUUGUUCCCAGGAUCACUCGUGUUAGUCUCAGGGAUUUGAUAUUUUGCAUGGAACAAGAACGAAUGAGUAGAUAUUCCUUGUCCCUGUACCGAGCCCUCCUGAAAUGAACUUUCUGACCAGCA